AGCCUCGAUGAAUUGAUAAAGUGAGAUUGCUGUUUGCAAUUUUUCUGUUUUCCUUAGGAAUAGCUGCAUCAAGAAAUGGAACUGGGAUCGCCCUUAUUUUUCUACUUUCCUUCAGGAAGAAAUCACUUAUCCAAAGAAUUAUGGCUUUGGUGAAGCAAAGGAGCGAACAUUUCAAUGGAGAAAUGAAAAUCGAAGGACAUGCAUCUUCGAGAAGAUACACCUACAAAGACAUCAAGAGGAUGACCAACUCUUUUGAAGAAAAGUUAGGCCAGGGAGGCUAUGGUUGCAUGUACAAAGGCCAGCUUCGAGACAGUCUUAUGGUGGUGAAGCUUCUAAAGAAGUUGAAAGGCAAUGUAGAAGAAUUUUUCAAUGAAGUUGUGAGCAAAAGCACGACUUCUCAUGUGAAUGUUGUGAACUUCCUGGGGUACUAUUUUGAAGGAAGCAAAAGAGCUUUGGUUUAUGAGUUCAUGCCCAAUGGAUCGCUCGAAAACUACGGCAUGAUGGUUCUAGAGAUGGUCGGCGGGAGGAAAAACAUCGAAGUCGGGGUAGAUCAUACCAGCGAAAUAUACUUCCCCGACCGACGUUUGGAGCUUCAAGAAGAGCUUGGGCUGCAUGGAAUAACGAAUGGGGAGGACGAAGGAAUAGCAAAGAAGAUGAUUGUCAUAAGCCUAUGGUGCAUUCGGAUCGAUCCGAGAGCGCGACCUUCUAUGACCCAAGUUGUGAAGAUGUUGAAGGGAAGUGUUGAGGCCUUGCAAUUUCCUCCCAAACCAACAUUCUCAUCUCCUUCAAGAUCGCUCGCGGCUUCUCCAGGUGAAAUUUCGUCUCUACAAGAAAGUAAUGGCUCAAGUUAGGGUUAUUCAAGAUCAAUCGUUUAAAAUCAACAUAGCUUGUAAAAGAGUACUUAAAAAACAACUGUUUACGUAUUAAUGAUUAUUGAGAUUUUCACAAA